AUGAAUCAGGUCCUUCUGCAGGACUUGACGUCUGAAGAUCAAAAGAGUAAUCCAACUACAGCCAAUCGCUCUCAGUGGAACAUAUAUACUCAGUUCACAAACCUCAUUCUUAGAUUAAGAUUUAAGAAACCUUCCUUUUGGAUUGUCCAGGGCAUAUGUAUUGCCAUAGCAUUACUUUCCCUCGCAGUAAAACCCAAAAACAAGCCCAUGGAUACCAGCAAAACUGAUGAUCUUACUAUUGAAUGGGAAUACGAGGCUUUUCUACCAAAUCCAGAUAUAACAUUAGUUCAAUAUAACACGCCCAUGGGAUUUUAUCCAUCCAAUAAAUAUACAAUUGAUAUAGCAAAUAAAGUCAACAGUUCAACUUACAAAAAGACAAAUAGUAUAACUGUAUUUGCUAAAGAGUCUGAUUACAAGGAAUUCCUUGAAACUAAUUUCAAAACUUUCAUCAAUUUCCAAAAUCCAUCUCCAAAUGUUUUCAACAUUACAGGUGGAGCCAUGCACAAUCUAACAUACCUUUUUUCUGAUGCUGUUGCGUCUGAAUUUCUUGGUUACGUACUUUAUAACGAGACAAAUUAUCAAUCUCAAAUUAAAUAUUCCAGAAUCACCGAUUCAACGAAAUUUACAACAGCCACAGAGUUCUACCAAGUUGCUGCGUUUAUUGUUAUUGCUGAUUUCCUUAUGUUCUUCCAUUCAUUUACAGAAUUCCUUGAAUUCAGAGAAAAGAAACAAUUUUUGUUACUUGAAAUAUCCGGAGCCAAAGAAUCAAUAUUAUACUUGGCAUGUUUCACUGUAGAUCUUUCUCUUUCUUUCUUGCAUUCACUAAUUCAAACAGAAAUCAUUAAUAUUUAUUCAAAGAAACCAAACUUUUUGUUUUUAUUUGUUAUGAUGUUUUUCUUGAAUCUUUAUCAAUAUUUCUUCUAUUUUAUUAUUGUUAUUUUGACAUAUAUUCAAAAAUAUUUCAAAUCAAUAAUUAUCAUUGUUGUAUUGAUUUCUUCUUUAUUCCCUUCACUUUUUGGAAUUCUCAAUGGCAUGGGAAAGGACUUAACAGUAUUAAUACAAAUCUACAGAUUCUUCCCUCAAGGAUCUCUAACAUUAUUCUUUGAUAAUCUCAUGUAUUGUUAUAUUUAUGGUCAUCAUCUUUCUUUUUCAAAUGCUGCUAUUAAUUAUCACUUCGUUCCUACAUCGCAAAUUGCUUUGAUAGCGCUAGGAAUGUUCUGUGCUGUAUUGUUUAUCUUGUGGUUCCUUGAUUUGAUGUAUCCAAGAUCAAGUGGAACUCCUCCAAUCGGAUUCAAAAACAUUUUCUUAUGGAGAUAUUGGAAGAAAGUUUUUCUUAAUUCAAAAACUGACGCUUCUUACAGAGAAGAAUGCCAUUUCAUCGAUGUACAAAAUAUCAAUAAGAUCUAUAGUGGAAAGGUCAAUGUUCAUGCAUUACAAGAUGUUUCUUUCUUCAUUGAUAAAGGUGAAAUCAUUAUUUUAAUCGGUCCAAACGGUUCUGGCAAAAGUACGUUAUUAAAUUCAAUGACAGGAAGUAUUGAUUGCAAUUCGGGAUCGUUGAAGUUAUAUGGUAAUGAGUGUGCAGCAGGAUUCAGUGAGAUGCAGCAGUGUUUAGGAAUUUGUUUCCAAGAAAACGUCUACUUUGACAGAUUGAAUGUCAGAGAACAUUUGAAUUUCUUUGGAUUGAUAAGAGGCAUGUCGAAGAACGCUUUGGAAGCAGAAGUUGAUAGAUGCAUUGAUCAUUUCGGAUUGUCCGCUUGUGAGGGCAAUAGAGCUGAAUCAUUGUCUGGCGGACAAAAGAGAAAACUUUGCAUCGCAUUGGCUUUCAUUGGAAGUCCUCAAUUUGUUAUUUUGGAUGAACCAACAGCUGGUAUCGAUGUCACAACGAGACAGACAAUUUGGAAGGCUAUCUCUGGAUAUGGAAUUACUUCUUUGGUUAGUUCUCACUCUUUGGAAGAAGCUGAAUCUAUUUCAAGCAGAUUGUUCGUCAUGAGAAAUGGUCAAAUGAUUUUCGAUGGACCAUCAAAUGAAUUGAGAAGAAAAUACCACUGCGGUUACAGAUUGCAGCCAAUGUAUAUCUCUGAUAUCAAUAAAGCACAGGCAAACCAGAACUUGUUGGAGUUCUGCAAGCAAAGUAUUCCUGACUCUGUUUUGGAUGAUCAACACGAAGACAGCAUCUUGAUGCCUGCCUGCAAAGAUGUCGUCCAGUUACUUGAUAACUUGGAAAAGAGAAAAAAACAGUUCCAAAUGAACGAUUUCAACAUCAUCGUAGAACAACUCGAAAAUGUUCUUUACAGAAUGUACGUCGAUGAUGAAAACGCCGCGCUUGUUUAA